UCGGUCGCCUUUGAGCUUCCCAGGAUGAUUACAAGAAAACUUUCUUCCGAGGUGUUCCAUGCGGAAAAUUUGUGGAGACCUGAACUGAAGAGCGUUGAAUAAGAUCUUUAAUGCCGUACUAUGUAACCUUUGGGAUUUCAAACCAAGGCUUUUAUUGAAGAUCUUGAUAGAAAAAAAUCUCCGAAAGCUCCGGAGCUAAUUCAAGAUGAGUGGGCCAAUGGAAGAAGAUAGUGCCAAGAAUGAGGAAGAGGACUUUAACACAGGGCCACUUUCUGUUUUAAUGAUGAGUGUUAAAAAUAACACUCAGGUGCUUAUCAAUUGUCGAAACAACAAGAAGCUUCUUGGCCGGGUGAGAGCCUUCGAUAGGCACUGCAACAUGGUUCUUGAAAAUGUCAGGGAGAUGUGGACAGAGGUUGGGCUUUUACAAAUGUUGCUUCUGUUUGGUUGUUCCAUAAUUAUGUUAUUCAACUUCUUUUGUUGGUGCAGGUACCAAAAACUGGGAAAGGCAAGAAAAAGGCCAAUCCAGUUAACAAGGAUAGAUUCAUUAGCAAGAUGUUCCUCCGUGGAGAUUCUGUGAUCAUUGUUCUUAGAAAUCCCAAGUGAUGUAAAUCCAUUUGCUCUAAGGCAUUCUCAGUUCAAGUGACCUGAUAAAUGAGAGUUUUCUACGUGUUAAUGUAUGUGUUCGUCUCACCGAAAAUUAGUUUCAUAUCAGCCUGGGAGUUCACUAUGCGCUUUUCCUUGCCUGCUGAUUGCUGAAUUGCUGCUCGAGUGGAUCACAAGUUAUUACAAUUUUCUGGGCUGAAAUCUAGAUCAUAAAGUUAAGGCAUUUAUGUUUGGAGUUGGUCCUUGAUGUAAAUGUACCAGAAAUUCAAAUGCUAAAAUGCAGGCUUGACAAUAUUAAUGAGUGUAUCGGUCAUUUGGUUGGCCGAAUGAAGGUUUUCAAACCAUAUUAAUGAUAAAUAGGACCAUAAUCUGUGGCUAUUUGCAUUUGA